GUUUGGUCAUUUGUUUUUCCAUUGAUUAUGUAAUUUAAUUUAAUUUAAUUUAUUAAGUGGUGUUAUUACACUGCUUGAACCCCGGGCCAACUUGUUAAACUCUCUGGCAGUCUGUCAAGAAUCUCAGUUGAAAUUUGAUUUCCUGACAGUCACCCACUGCUUGUGGAGGACAAGAGUGAGAGCUGUCUAGCUAUCCCGGCUAGCGGUGGGACAACAUGAGCUAACGCUAGGUGUUACAACAAGAAAGUUAACCAGCUACUUCUUGCAGCGAGAAGACGAGAAACGCACCUGUCGGACGGUUUCACUCAUGUGUUUCCGAUAGUUAACAUGUCGAAUCAGCUCCAGACGGCUUUCCCGAUCCAACAGCAGCCUAAUCUGAACUCUGCUCCUUUCCCACAGUGUUUUGUGAAACCUUUUAACAAUCCUCUUCAAAUCAAAAGGAAUGUAAUAACAGACGAUUACAGUGUAACAAGUCAGGUGCUCGGGAUGGGAAUAAAUGGCAGAGUGUUGGAAAUAUUCCACAAAGAGAGUGAAGAAAAGUAUGCACUAAAGAUGCUGCAGGAUUGUCCAGAGGCCAGACGGGAGGUGGAGAUCCACUGGAGGGUGUCACCCUGCCCCCAUAUUGUACCCAUCAUAGAUGUUUAUGAGAAUCUCUACCAGAACAGGAAAUGCCUCCUCAUUGUGAUGGAAUGUAUGGAUGGAGGUGAAUUAUUCAGUCAUAUCCAAGACAGAGGGGAUCAUGCAUUUACAGAAAGAGAGGCCUCGGACAUCAUGAAAAGUAUUGGAGAAGCCAUACAUUUCUUGCAUUCCAUCAACAUUGCUCACAGAGACAUCAAGCCAGAGAACCUGCUCUACACUUCCAAAAGGCCAGAUGCCCUCCUAAAGCUGACAGAUUUUGGGUUUGCCAAAGAAAUCACCACUUUAAACUCUCUAGCAACACCAUGUUUCACCCCUUACUAUGUUGCUCCAGAAGUUCUUGGUCCAGAGAAGUAUGACAGAUCCUGUGACAUGUGGUCUCUGGGUGUCAUUAUGUAUAUUCUUCUUUGUGGAUAUCCUCCUUUUUUCUCACAUCAUGGUCUGGCAAUAUCCCCAGGAAUGAAAAGACGGAUCUGUAAUGGACAAUAUGAGUUCCCCAACUCCGAGUGGUGUGAUGUGUCUGAGGAAGCCAAACAGCUAAUCUGUCACUUACUGAAAACCGAGCCUACCCAGAGAAUGAACAUCACCGAGUUCAUAAACCAUCCCUGGAUUAAUCAGUCAGUGAAGGUCCCACAAACGCCUCUUCACACCAGCCGAGUGCUGCACGAGGAACAAGAUGUCUGGGAGAAGGUUAAGGAGGAAAUGACAAAUGCCCUGCAAACCAUGAGAGUGGACUAUGAUCAAAUUAAAAUCAAAACCAUUGAAGACUCUACUAAUCCUCUACUCUUGAAGAGAAGAAAGAAAAGUAAAAACUCAGCCACACAGUCUCCAGGCUAGUGAAAUAAAGAUGUUUUAAGAGGUGUUAACCUCAAAUGAUUUUAAUGAUUUUUGGCAUUUUGGUAAAUGUGCUUUAAGGACUUUUGAACUAUGCAUUGAAAAAUAUGCUGUGUGUGCAGUAAGGCUUAUUCAUGACUCCUCUCACUAGAGGAAACAAAAAUCUACUGUAUGUGUUGUAUAUCCGGACAGUUGUAAUCAUUUUAAUGUACAUAUUUGAGUGAACUUUGUUGGCGUCAACUGACAGUUUUUAGGUUGUUUUGUCUCAAGUUUUUCUGUUCUCAGUGAUGAAAAACAUUUAGACUGACUUUUUGCCUUCAGGGUAUUGUUUAAGAUAGUUUGCCAGCAUCAUUCACAUGUGUCUUUUGCAUGACUUUUACCAGAAACCACAGCUUUUGUUUUGUAUGCGUACGUGAUUUCAGAAAUAUUUCUCCUUACCACAAUAUAGAGGAUUUCUUUCCACAUUGUGGUUGUGUAGUAUCUGAAACUCUUUUACCAUGUGUAGCAAUAAUGAAACUUGCUAUGCUAAUGAGACGGGCGAUAAUUGCAUUUGAUUGACGAAACAGUGCUAUCCACUGGACAACUGGUGCUCCUUUGGCAUUUAUUUUCUCCAAAGCAGUAAUAUAAAAGUAGUUGUAUGAGGUCUGAGUGAGGCAUGAAAAGAAAAGUGGACGGCCAUAAACUUUUAGAUGGUGACAAGAUUUACAGUGGAAGAUGUUGCACAUCACUAUUAUCAUGUCUUUUAGUCUGGAUUAAAUCUCUCUUAAUAUUCUCUA